UCUAGACCUCACUCAUUCUCCAGAGUACGACCAAUAAGCCUCCAUCAGCAUGCAUCAGAGUACCUUUAGAUCAGGAACCUUGUCUCUCAGUGGCAGCAGAGGAAGUUUUCGGGCCGGUGGCAUACAGGCUGGAAAUGUCUAUGGUAGAGCAGGGGGCUAUGGGGCUCUCAGCUACCCAGCUGUUCAGCCCCUGAUGGUUGGGUCAUCUAGAGGCCUCACUGGUCGAGGCUUCAGCUCUGGUGUAGGUCUUGGUUCAGGUGUUGGUCUUGUUUCAGGUGUUGGUGUAGGUCUUGGUUCAGGUAUUAGUGCCAGCUCUGCUGCAGGUUAUGGUGCUGUGCUUGGAAGUGGUGUUGGGGUUGGAAGUGGUGCUGGGUUUGGAAGUGGUGCUGCGUUCAAAUUUGGACCUGGGCUUGGAGGUGGCUUUGGGGGAGAAGCUGCUGGAAUGCUGGGCAAUGAGAAAUUCACUAUGAGGAUCCUCAAUGAGCGUUUGGCCUCCUACCUGAAAAAGGUUCGUUUGUUGGAAAAGGCCAAUGCAGAUCUUGAGCUCAAGAUCAGACAAUUCGUGGACAGCAGGACCUCACCUAUUGCACGGGACUACACCGACUCCUUGACUACCAUCAAUGACCUCCAGACCAAAAUUCUUGAUGCCAUCCAGUUGAAUGGUGUAGUUUUUGUCAGUCUUGACAAUGCCACCUUGGCUGCAGAUGAUUUCAGAAUUAAGUACGAGAAUGAGUUGGCCCAACGUCAGUCUGUCGAGGCCGAUAUCUCUGAUAUGAAGAGGCUGCUGGAUGAACUCAAUCUGAAAAAGAAUGAGCUCAUUCUGCAGAUCGACGCUCUGAAAGAGGACAAGGUUCAGAUCCAGAAUCUCCACAAGGAGGAAAUGGUGACCACACGUGGCAAGAUGAGUGGACAGAUUCAUGUGGAGGUGGAAUCUGCACCACAGCAAGAUCUCACCAGCGUCCUGGAAGACAUCCGAGAUCACUACGAGACCAUCGCUGCCAAGAACCGGAGAGACCUCGAGGCCUGGUUUAAGGGCAAGUUGGAGACCCUGAAACAAGAGGUUGCUGCCAACAUCCACUCCUCAGAUGCAUCCAAAACAGAACUGGGUGCUGAGAAAACCAAAGUGCAGGGUCUGGAUCUGGAGCUGCAGUCUGUUCUGGCCGUGAAAACAUCUUUGGAGGCAUCACUGUCAGAUGUGAAAGCUUUCUAUGCUGUGCAGUUAUCAGGAUACCAAAUGCAGGUAACAGGCAUGGAGGAACAGCUGCUGCAGCUUCGCGCUGAUCUGGAGCGUCAAAGUCGCAACUAUCAGAUGCUGCUGGACAUCAAGACCAGACUGGAGAUGGAGAUCGCAGAGUACAGGAGACUGCUGGAUGUAGGGGUCAACCCAAGCUCUGUUAACAAAUCUGCACCUAUGAUUGGCUCUGAUUUCAGUUCUAAACUUCUGGGUGAACCUGGACCUGCAGCUGUGGAGGAACCUAUAAGAGUAUAUAAAGGAGCCUGGAAUCAUUUAUUCCCUGUCUGUUUCGAGUCGAAUCGUCUCAUAGCGAGUUACGAGCGUACGAACGGCAUGAUGUCAGGUGUCUUCUCCAGCGCUUCUUUUACUGGUCAGUAUGCCAAGUCCUCCCGGGUUUCGAGUGUGUCUCGUGCUGUCAGCGUGUAUGGAGGAGCAGGAAGUUCUGACGUGCGGAUGUCCUAUGCACCCACGGGGUUCACGCAGUCAAGUAUUGGCUACAUGGACUCGGAUGACUUGUCCAUCAUUGGAAACGAGAAGCUGACUAUGCAGAAUCUGAAUGACCGUCUGGCCUCCUACCUGGCAAAGGUGCGCUCACUGGAGAAGGCCAACGCCGAACUGGAGCUCAAGAUCCGCCAGUUCCUUGAUGGCAAGGCAUCACCCAAGGCCCGAGACUACUCCGCCUACUUCGCCACCAUCAGUGACCUGCAGAACAAGAUCUACGCGGCAAUGCGCCUGAAGGGUGGAGUCCUCCUCACCAUGGAGAACUCUCGACUGGCCAUGGAGGACUUCAGGAUUAAGUACGAGCAUGAGCUGGCAAUGCGUCAGAUGGCGGAGAGUGAAAUCACUGGGCUGAAGCAGCUGCUGGAGGAACUCAAAAUGACUAAGCAGGACCUGAUGAUGAGUCUGGAAGGCCUGAAGGAGGAACUCGCUUUCCUCAAAAAGAACCAUGAGGAGGAUAUGGCAGCGGAGCGUCAGAAGAUGAGCGGGCAGGUGAAUGUGGAAGUGGAUGCUGUGCCUCAGGAGGACCUCCUCAAAAUCCUGGCAGAAAUCCGGGAACAUUAUGAAACAGUCAUUGCAAAGAACAAGAGAGAGGUAGAGCUCUGGUAUAAAAACAAGACCGAGACUCUGAAAGCGGAAGUGGUCAGUAAAACGGAGACCCUACAGUCGUCUCGAAGCGAAUUCAAAAGUCUGAAAUCCCGCCUGCAGGCUCUGCAGAUCGAGCUCCAGUCGCAGCAGGCCAUGAAAGCAUCAUUGGAGAGCACGCUGACCGAAACCAGGACACGUUACGCCAUGCAGAUGUCUUCAUACCAAGCGCAGGUGACCGGCCUGCAGGAGCAGGUGCAGCAGCUUCGUGCUGAUCUCUCUCGCCAAGCUGAGGAGUACAACAUACUGCUGGACAUCAAGACCAAACUGGAGCUGGAGAUCGCUGAGUACAGGAGACUGCUGGAUGGAGAAGCCACCACCACCACAAGUCAGAAGUCAACCUGCAGCAGCACCUCCAGGACCAAGGUGAUCACAGUGGUGGAGGAGGUGGUGGAUGGGAAGGUGGUCUCAUCGUCCACAUCCUCCUUCGUUAAACCAAACUGAGAGUCCAAAGGUCCAGAGCUC